UAUUUCUCUUAAACACCACCAAACAUCAAAUUAACUCUCCUCAGUUUCCACAAUAAAAACACUACUUAAAUUCUUUCUUUGCAUACAAACAAUUCAAGAACAACAAAAACAUGAGUUACAGUUUCAAUGCUGAUCAACAAAAACAAGACCAAUCUUUAAACAGAAGAUGGCAAGACAUCAAAAAAUCUAUCUCCAACUCUCGAUCCUUUCCGGGUCUUAACGACGACGACGAUGCUCUUCUUUCGACGGUUGUUCCGCCGGUGACGGUGGUUCUUGAAGGCCGUUCAAUUUGCCAGAGAAUUAGCCUCCAUAAGCAUGUCAGCUACAAUAGCUUAGCUAAAGCUCUCAGACAAAUGUUUGUUGAUGAUACCACCGCCGUCUCCGGUACUGAGUUGGAUCUGACAAAUGCUGUUCCCGGUCAUCUCAUUGCUUAUGAAGAUAUUGAAAAUGAUCUUCUUCUCGCCGGUGACCUUAACUGGAAGGAUUUUGUACGGGUGGCUAAGCGGAUUAGAAUAUUGCCAAUUAAAGGGAAUGCAAGGAAACGAAGAGAAGGGUCGACAUAAGAUCUUGUGUUAAGCCCUAAAUAAUUAUAUUAUAUAUAUACAUCCAUUUCCUUGCUGCAAAACAUCAUUUCCCAUGUAGCUAUUACGCGUUUUGUUUUUUUUGGCAAAAUCUAUUUACAAGUUUUUAUAUUUUAUCACUUUUGUUUAAGAGGUUCUUACCAUUUACAUUCAACUUCUUAGUCCUUUUACUGCCAUUGUUUCUAUUUUAAGGUCCUUAUUUGGACGGAAUUCGUCAAGUGUGUUGCACUUUCCAUUAGCGAAAAUCUAAGAAAAUGGUAUAAAUUUUUUUAAAUAAAAAAUGGUAUUACAAGGA